AUGCACAUGAAUCCAACGCCGCUUCCACACUCGGAAGAUGACGGCGUCAUGUUUGCCUCGAUUGGACAAACGACCCUCGCGUUGACGGAGCCGCCGUCGGCACUGCACGCCACAGACACUCUGGACGACGUCUUUGGCUCCGAGGACGUCCAGGGCAGCACCUCGUUCACCACGGAACCGUCGGACAUGCGGCGGCUGCAGAGCGAACACACGACGGCGGGCUACCGCGAGGGCGUGACGGUGGCCAAGGCGGCGAGCGUGCAAGCCGGGUUCGACGAGGGGUUCGGGCUCGGGGCCACACUGGGGCUGAGCGCCGGCGAGAUUGUGGGCGUGCUCGAAGGCCUUGCCGCGGCGGUUCCUGGCGACGAGCGGCUGGCUGCGCUCCUCGGCGAGGCGAGGGGGGAUUUUUCAGCGCGGUCGAUUUUUGGGGCUACCUACUGGGAUCCCAACGGGACUUGGACGUAUCCGGUCCCUGGGCAAGAUGGCGGCGACGUGAUUUUUCGGGAUGUGGUGGAAGCUCAUCCACUUAUCGCCAAGUGGCGAGUCGUUCUGAACGAACAGAUUCAGAACUGGGGAGUGAGGUGUGAUUUCUUCGCAGAGGACCAAGUUGUUGACGAGGAGGUCGUCAGCCAGAAGAAGCUCGGAAACCCCGCUACGGCACUCAAGGCAGCGACAAGCACAGCGCCGGCUACGCAGUCUCGCAUGAGCGAUGCGUUGCAGUGGUAA